AUGGGUACAUCAGGUUUGAGGGAAACGCACAGCAAGUCGGGGCAUGUCGAAGCUGUCAUUGUCCGAUGUGAGGCCGAGAAGCGCAAGUUUCCCUUUGGGCUCAUCGAGGUCCCGCUGGUCCUGGAUCGGACGGGGACUCAGUCCGUCAACGAGGCAGACCUCGACAACCAGAUUGCUACGUACCUCAAUAUUGAUGCCAACUCCGGGUUUGCACCUCCAGACUGGCAGUCACAAGUUGGCACCGUCGUGGUCGCGCGUAAGGACAGGAAGCCAUUUUAUCCGCAGCAUCUCGAAGGAGUGUGGAUGUUCUGCGACCAUAUCCUGGACCUGUUCGGGAAGGAGACGGGCCGCCGAGGUGGCUUUACAGCCGCCAGGCGUUCGACGAAUGGUGGGUAA